UCGCCGCUUCCUUUCUCUCGCCCUCCCUCUCCUGCACGGAGCUGCAGUAUAUGAGCCGGUCUCCUGGGUCUAGCUCCACUGCAGUGUAGAGAAGGGCUCGGUGGCUGUCGUAAUAGGAUGCGCUGAAGGAUGGUGCACCAGGAGAAACGCAUUUACCAGGCCCAGAGGAAUGAGAGAGAGUCCAUCAGGCAGAGACUUGCCCUCGGCAGUUUCUAUGACGACGAGCCCGUCAUCUACACCAGCUGCAGCAAAAACGGCCCUUCCUCCCGGCUGCAGAGUGGGGUGAACCUCCAGGUGUGCUUUGUCAAUGACAGCAGCAGUGACAAGGACAGUGAUGCUGAGGACAGCAGGACAGAGAACAGUUUGGACACGCCGCUGUCCCCUGUGAGCAAGCAGAGCUCUUUGUUAUCGGACCGGGACACGGCGGAGGAGGACUCGGACCCGUUGGACGACUGCAGCGGGUUCUGGCGGGUGCAGCGGCGCCUGCAGGAGGAGGCCCGGGUGGCGCUGGCUCUCGCUCGACCGAUGGCCCGCAUGCAGGUGGAGGUGGAGAGGCAGAUCCAGCUGCACAGACGUUCGCCCGUGGCCGACCUGCUUCCCCACCUGCCUCACAUCAGCGAGGGUUUGAUGAAGCGAAAUCUGAGGCAAGGAGACAUGAGGGACAUGAGCCUGGGCCAGUUGCAGGUCAUCACCAAUGACUUGCACUCGCAGAUUCAGAGUCUGAACGAGGAGCUGGUGCAGCUGCUGCUGAUGAGGGAUGAGCUGCACGUGGAGCAGGACGCCAUGCUGGUGGACAUAGAGGACCUGACCAGGCACAGCCACCAGCAGCACCAGGCGGAGAAGGCGGCCUCCAAGUAAGCGGCCCCCCUCCCCCAGCCUCCCGCUCCACCGGGCUGCCGCCAGCGUCAUCAGUGAAUCUCCACCCGCGCCCGACCCCGGCGCACAGUAUUUACGCACACAUUGCACCACGGGAGGUCGUCCGACAGACAUCUACUCGAAGCUGCGCGGUCUCGGCUGUCGGACGCGGGCCCGGUUAUGUUUGUGCAGGCUUCUCACUUCCACUCAGGAUGAAUAAUCACGGCGUAUAUUUCAUGUAUUGCACAUUUAUGAUUUUGCACAGUUCCCUCACGUAUGUUACUCCUCGUUUGACUGAACGUCCCCUGCACACAUUUGUUUAAUCAUUCUCACACUAAUAGCACUGUGUCAUCACUGUUUAGCUGUGCAGUAGAAAAUGAUAAACACUGUAUCUGUGCAGCUUCGUUUCCCACUUGUGUUUUAAUGCUGCUGCUGCUGCAGCCUCACGACAGACACUUUAAACACAAAAUGAUAUUACUGUACCUGUUCUCACCUGCUUUAAGUAUAUUUAGAACUAUAUUUGCUAGACAAAUGAGUUGUUGCCGUUUGUGCUGUGCUCAAAGUGAGAAGAUGUGGUUUCAACAGUAUUUUAGGUUACAAAUUGGUAAAACUAAAAAAAAAGGCUGAAGGCAUGUUCCUAGUUCCUGCAGCCUCUAAGUAGAAAUAUGCAAUUAAUUUCAGUUAUGCUUAAUUUGAAGACCAACCUGACAAUGAUAAAUAUAUUUUAUCUGUUUUAAUGCUUUAUGACUAAGUAAAAAUUAUUUAAAGGAGGAAGAGUGGGGUUUUUUGGUCCGGCUGUGGUUAGAUGUUAUCACUCAGCUUUUUAUGAAUGUCACACAUUUAUUUUCUAUGGUUCGCUUUGUUGAUAAAUGUACUUUAUGAUUGUAAAACAAAACAACAAUAAAUGUUUUUGAGCGUGUGAA